UGUCCACGUCAGGGAGGAGCUAUGGUUGCAGCAGCACUGUGUGUAAUCGGAUGGUCUGGUCAGGUGCAGAUUGGUGUGGGAUUUGUGAUGCCACUCAACAAGUGGCAUUACAUAUUCAAGUCUGCUUCCGACGGAAAGUGCACAUUAGAGGUGGCAUGGCACCUGUGGACAACAGUGCAAGCAGGUGAAAGCUGCCUGACUGGACAGGCCUGCCGGACAAUGUGCCGCGCAUCUGGGAAGCUUCCGGCAACACCGGAGAAAGUGGCUGCUUUGAAGAACUGCCUGGAGAAAUACAUAAGUGACCAUCCAAUGAUGCCACCUGCACCACAUCCGGAGAACCACCUUGCUUCGCUGCGAAAGCACCUUUGGAGCUUUCUUUUACACAAGCAGGACGCCAGGGCAAGCGAGUGGAAAACCCAGUGCCCACCGUGCAAGCCAGCGUCCACCGUAGCACCCGUCACCCACCAUGUCACCCAGCACCCACCAUGCCACCCGUCACACAGCAUGCCACCCACUACCAUAAUCCACCAUGAUGAUGGAUGA